AUGAUGAAGGCGGGAUUGUCACGAAUACUCUCCACGGGGAGAGAACAGCCCUACAAAGUCAGUAGGCUAAUAAUCUCACAAAGGAUGUUCUCCAUGUUGAACUCCUCAGCCAGGGUGCAAGCUUUGCACAGUCCUCUUUCACAUAUAGCAGGGGCUGGUGCGGUGAAUGGUGUCAGAAAUAUCAGCUUCCUUAAGAUGGCAACUAGAGUGGUGAAGUUACCGGUAUACAUUGGUGGAACUUUUGCCGCUGGUGGAAGCUAUGUGGCGUAUAAGGUAGACCAAGCGUCGUCCUAUACCAAUGACAAAUUGUCUAGUGUCAAAGAUUUUGCGGAUGGAUUGUUUGGCAAAAUCAAGGGAUUUGGUGAAAGCUUGGCAGGUGAUGGGAGCUCUGGUGGCAGUGGAAGUGGAGGAGGAGGAGACGGAGGAGAUACAGCCACGGCUGUAGGAGCAACUGCUGCUGCUGUUGGAUUUUCCACCGACGAUGAAAGCGAAAAGCUGGAAGAGGAAGGCGAAGAGGAAGAGGAAGAGGAAGACGAAGAAGCCACUCUCUUGGAUGACGACGAUGACGACGAUGAUCAGGAGGACGAGACAGACGAUGAAAUGCUUAACCUUACUCGUCAAAUGAUUGAAAUUAGAAAUUUGCUUCUCACGGUAGACCACACAGACACCUUGAGACUUCCAUCCAUCGUUGUCAUUGGUUCGCAAUCUAGUGGUAAAUCCUCUGUUCUUGAGGCUAUAGUUGGUCAGGAAUUCUUACCAAAGGGUUCCAAUAUGGUAACCAGAAGACCUAUAGAGUUAACCUUAGUGAAUUCGCCAGGUACCGCAGCAGAUGUGGCCGAGUUCCCAGCCUUGAAGUUAAACAAUUUAACCAACUUCGAAGAAGUUCAAAAGAUUUUAUUUGAUCUUAAUAUGGCUGUGCCGGAAACUGAAUGUAUUUCUAACGACCCGAUCCAGAUCACUAUCAGAUCUCCUAGAGUUCCUGAUUUGUCUUUAGUAGAUUUACCGGGUUACAUUCAAGUGGAGGCUGCUGAUCAACCAAUUGAAUUGAAGCAGAAAAUUAGACAAUUGUGUAAUAGAUACUUGGAAGCACCAAACAUUAUUUUGGCUAUCUCGGCAGCAGAUGUCGAUUUGGCUAACAGUGCUGCGUUGAGAGCCUCUAAAAUGGCUGAUCCAAGAGGAGAGAGAACCAUUGGAGUAGUUACAAAGUUGGAUUUGGUAAAACCCGAGAGAGCUAGAGAUAUUUUGACCAACAGGAAGUAUCCUUUAAAAAUGGGAUAUGUAGGGGUCAUUACUAAAGCUCCCAAUGCUGGUGGUAAGAACGGAUCUAUCUUUUCAAGGAAGCAGGUUUCCUCUUACCAAUCAUUUGUCUUACAACAAAACUUUGAACUUUCCUAUUUGAAGGAACAUAAGCAAGAUUUUUUUGGUACUACUACAGGUACCAAAAAUUUGAAGAAGAAGUUAAUGAAAGUUUUGGAAAAAUCAAUGGCAUCUUCGUUGAGACCAACACAUUUGGCUAUUCAGCAAGAGUUAGAAGAAGCAUCAUACCAAUUUAAAGUUGAAUUCAACGAUAGACCAUUAACCCCACAAAUGUACUUGGCAAAUAAUAUUGACAUGUUGAAAUUGGCCACAAAAGAAUUGAGUCACAAUUUUUCCAGAAAGGAAUUGAAGUCGUUACUUAAGAAUGAGUUGGAUCAAAAGGUCUUAGAUUUAUUGGCCGAAAGAUACUGGAACAAACCCUCUACUUUGAAAAAAGAUAUCAACACUUCUGAACCAAAUUUGAGAGAAUUAUCUCAAAUAGCAAAUAUCGAUGAUGAUGUGUAUUGGCAUAAAAAAUUAGAUCUUGCUACCAAUUCUUUGACCAAAUUGGGUGUUGGUAGAUUGUCGACAAAUUUAGUUACCAGUGCUCUUAUUACUGAAAUAGGGAACUUAGUUGAUACGACUCAACUUAGGAAUCAUCCCUUGGCCAAGAGCGCAGUUAGCGAUGCAGCAAAGGCUGUAUUAUCAGCAAAAUUCUAUUCCACUGCUGAUCAAGUAGAAAAUUGCAUUAAGCCCUAUAAAUAUGAAAUCGAAAUUGAAGAUAGAGAAUGGAAUACAAGUAAGGACAAUGCUGUUCAGUUACUAGGCGAGGAGAUCAAACAAUGUGACGAAGACUUUCAAUCGUUGAAAAAGCAAAUAGGUGGGAAGAAAUUGAAGCAAGUCAUGUCAUACUUGGAAAAAUUGAGCCAACAACAAGUUGGUGAGAUUGAUUUCAAUCUGAACGAAGCUCUUGGAUUUUCAUCAAAUCUUAUUCAAAAGGGUCAAUAUGGUAACUUCUUAAAGGACAGAUUGUCAUUGUUAGAGAUGAGAUAUCAGUUCAUUAAGAAUUCCAAAAAGUGCAAAAAGAAGGAGAAUAAGUAUCAAUGUCCAGAAAUAUUUCUUGAUGCUGUUUGCACUAAGCUUACUUCUACAGCAAUUUUGUUUUUGAAUGUUGAGCUUUUGAGUGACUUCUACUAUAACUUUCCACGUGAAUUAGAUGUGAAGUUUUUUAACAACUUAACCAGUGAGGAAAUUGAAACUUUUGCAAAGGAAGACCCAAAAAUAAAGAAGCACAUUGAAUUACAAGAGAGGAAGGAUCUUCUUGAGUCUGCUUUGAACAAAAUAGAGGGAGUAUUGGCAAUACAAAGAACUAAAGUUGGUCAGAUUGCAAAGGAGAAUAAUAAGAAUAAGCAAGAUUCCAUAUUUGGUUGGUAA